AUGACAUCGAUCUCACAGACAUCAGGCCUUCAACCACAGGGACAGAGUACCAGCAGUUCGGCCGUCUCCCAGGGUCACUCUCCCAUUCCAUCGGCCGUUACCGUCGAAACGGCAACUUCAACGAUUGGCGGAAGUGCACCUACUCAAGCGCCUCAGCAUGGAAAGUCGCCUUCUGUCUCUCUGAACGGAAAACACAUGCAGCAUCCAGCACCCCAGGUCGCCGGUGGCUUGACCAUCGUCAACGGAACCACCGCUCCAAACCCGUCUUUACACGACAGGAAAACUUCUGUCACUAUCAAUCCUAAUUUAAUCCCGAAUGGAGGCCCGGCUGGCGCUUCAGGCCGCGCAAAUAAUCUGCGAUUCGGUUCAAUGGACUCCCAUGGAGCUCCUAUGAACAAUCCGGCAUCGCUUCCAAACCAACCCCAGUCUACUCUAGGUGUUAAUCCAUCUAUGAAUCCUCGCACAACUUCCCCACAGACAUCUCCCUCCCCCAUUCCUCAACCUAUAGCGAGUGGCGGACGGCCACCAUCGUCGCUACAAGGGCCAGGUAAUAAUCUUAACUUUGGCAGCUUUGGUAGCGAACCGGGUGAUAUGAACCGGCCGAAUAUGCGGCCUGUUCCUCAGGGCCCUAUGGGUCCAAAUGCCCAGUCUUCCCACUUUCGACGUGAAUCAACACACUCCGCACAUGGCGACAUGGGAAAUCAUGGUAUGCCAGGGGGUCCUCCAGGACGCGGUGGCUACGGUCAUAGUGGUCGAGGAAGAAGCUACGGACAACCCCAUCAACCAAUGGGAUAUAACUCUCCAGGCCCGACGUACAGGUCGACCCCCAACCAACCACGCGGCGGGCCCAAUAUGGGAUUCCAUGGCCAUAACCAGCGAUCGCUAGGCCCCUUCCCACAUUCGCCCCGUCAGGCUGCCCGAAGCCCUGCCCUUUCCAACGUGAACCCCGCGACCCCCCCAAUGUCCCAAGUUCCCAUGGCAAACACGCAAAUGCAGGCCCAGCAUUUUGGCGGAUACCCUACUCAUAUGGGCCCUCAACAAGUAAAGCAACAAUCUUCUUACCCCCCUAAAUAUUCUAAUCGUCGUUCUUCUUUAUCCCAUAAACACAAUGGCCCCCGUUUUAAACACCAAAAUGCUCAACGACACUUUACUCCCCAAGCCCAAUUUCAAUACCCCCAACCCCCGACACUGUCACCAGAGAGUGGUCAUUUUGAACAGUAUCUGACAAUGAUUAAAUCUCAGGGAUUCGUUGCUCAGGGCUAUGAUCCUAAUUAUUAUUUCCAACCGUCGCCAUAUAAUAUGCCUCAAGGCCAGUACCAGUACAUACCCCCCCCGUCGCCUCGCGCCGCUAUGAAUGUACCGCACCCACCCCAAGCCCCUUACAUGCAGGCCCAAUAUAGCAACCAAGGCCAUCCACCUCCACAAGCAACCCCACUUUCACGAUCCCCCUCGCAGGUUUCGGGCCCGGAUCGGCCAGGCUCAAGUCUAGGACCGGCCCAACAAUCCGUACCAAUGACACAAGGGCCUUCUUUCAAUGCGACUCGAUCCACUAGCAGUCCAGUGCAAAAAUCUCAGUUUGUAGUACCAACCAAGAAGAGUUCUGUUGUCAUCAAGGAUCCCGAUAGCGGUAAGGAGAUGAACUUUCUCAAACAAUCGACAUCCCAGCCUCGGACAACGCCUUCGCCUGUCAAGCUAGGUGGUAAUACACCAGCUUCGACCCCGCCUCCUCGUACUGGAAGCCGUGCUGAACAUGAAAGGUCAGACUCGAAGUCCAUGACAGGAGAGGAGAAAAAGCAGUCCUUCCAAGACGCUAUCGCUCAAAAGGUCAGGGCUGAAGCUGAAGCUCGCAAGAGGGAAGAAGCUGAAAAAGCUGAGAUGCAAUGGAAGGAGAAGGAAGAAGCUGAAGCCAAGGCUCGUAAGGAUGCAGAGGGAAAGAAGGCUGCUGAGGAGGCCGAGAAGGCUGCUGCAACAGAGAAGGAAAAGGAACAAGAGCGACAAGAAGCAGCGGCCAAAGAAGUCAAACCGGAAGCUCCAAAGGCUCCUGUUGAAGCUGCAUCAGCCGAAGAUGAGAUUGAUUGGGACGCAUUGGAAAAGGAGUUAGCUGAGAAAGAAGCUGCAGCUGAGAAAGCGUAUGCAGAAAAGAAGAGGAAGCAGCAGGAAGAGAAAGCUCUCAAAGAGAAAGAAGACCAUGAGGCUUACAUCGCCAACCUUAAGAAAGCUGAACAAGAAGCGGAGGCUGCGGAAGAAGCUCGAAUCCGCAAACUCGAACAGGGCGAGGAGGAGGGUGCCAAGAAAGAGCGGACAGAUUUGUUUGCUUCCCUCAAAAAUAAGGGCGCUCAAUCUCCCCCUUCCGCAACCGAGAGCCCCAUCAUUCGAACCCCUGCCGAAAGCGGAGCUGCCACGCCCGUAUCAGAUAUCUCUAUGGGCCCGCCCCCCUCCAAACCUGCUAGCGGCGGAAAGCGGGAUAAGCCUGCUGCAUUGAAGCUGGAAACUACGAAAACUGUCGAGCCACCCCAGCCAAGCGCAGCAAUGAAGUCCCUCCAGACCGCCCGAUUCCUCGAGGAUCCUAGCAAGGUCACCUACCCUCCCGCAAUCGUCUCUCCUAAUCCUGCUCUGAACGCAAACGCUCCAGUCGACCGUAAAUUUAAGUAUAACAAAGAAUUCCUACUCCAAUUCCAGUCCGUUUUCAAAGAGAAACCAUCAAUCGAUUGGGACAGCCGUGUUCGAGAGACUGUUGGAGAUAGUUCAGAUAGUUCUUCGCGUCCCGGAUCCGCUCGAACUCCAAUCAUAAGUAGCGGACGGGCCACCUCUCGUCCAGGAAUCCAAGCUUCUUUCCCCAACGCCGUCAUGGGUAAAUUUGCCCAAACUCCCGGACGUUCGCAAACGUUGCCCCCUGCAGGUAUUGGUCGGGAUGGGUUCCCUAUGGCAACUGGGGGCCAUGGACCAUCUAUGGCAAAUCCUUUUGGCCACUUUUCUCGUGGCCCCGGUGGCCUUCCUCUUGGCAGUUCGCCUAUGAGCCGUUCUAGUUCAUCGACUAUGCAGCAGAUGCCAUCCCCACGCGCUGGCAGUCACCGAGGUCAGCGCUCAGGAAGCAAGCGGGAUAAAGUGUCGAGGAAGGAGGAAGAAACCAAUAACAAGACCAUGCCACUCACUGCUAACUUGGACAUAAAGCCACUGGUUCCGUCUCAGACUGGAUGGAAACCACGCAGCAUUGGACAGAGCCUUUCUGGCCCAGCUCUUGGUGGCGAUGGACACAUGCCACCAGAUGUUGUGCAACGGAAGGUUAAAGCUAAUUUGAACAAGAUGACACCCGAGAAGUUCGACCGUAUUUCUGAUCAGAUACUUGAAAUCGUGGGACAGUCCAAAGAUGAAUCAGAUGGGCGCACACUCCGACAAGUAAUCCAACUUACCUUCGAGAAGGCCACAGAUGAAGCCCACUGGGCUCCAAUGUACGCUAAAUUCUGCAAACGUAUGCUAGAUUCCAUGAGCCCUGAAAUCAAGGACGAAAAUAUCAGGGAUAAACAAGGCAAUGUUGUCACUGGUGGCAGUUUGUUCCGAAAAUACCUUCUCAAUCGCUGCCAAGAAGAAUUCGAGCGAGGUUGGAAAAUAAAUCUCCCCGAAAAGCCUGAAGGUGUCACCGAGGAGGCUGCGAUGAUGUCUGAUGAAUAUUAUGCUGCAGCUGCCGCCAAGCGGCGAGGUCUUGGCUUGGUUAAGUUUAUUGGUGAAUUGUACAAACUCGGCAUGUUAACUGAGAGAAUCAUGCACCAGUGUGUGAAAAAAUUGGUUGAUUAUGAGGGUAUUCCUGAGGAAGCCGAAGUGGAGAGCUUGACGAGUCUGCUACGAACGAUCGGAUACAGCCUUGACAACUCUGAGAAGGGUCAUGGUAUGAUGGAUGCAUACUUCGUGCGGAUCAGCAUGAUGAUGGAAACUCCUGGCCUUGCCAGCCGUCUUAAGUUCAUGCUUAUGGACAUUGUCGAUUUACGUAAAGCUGGGUGGAUGUCGAAAGAUGGCGAUAAGGGCCCUAAGACAAUCGUUGAGAUUAGAGAAGCUGCUGCCCGUGCUCAGCAAGAACAAGAAAUGGAACGCCUGCGCCAACAGGCCAGCAGAAGUGGUCGGAUGCCAAUGGGCCGAGGAGAUUCACGGAACUUCUCUGGUGGUUACGGAAGUCAAGCUCCGCCUCCCGACUUUGCAUCAAGCAAGGUUGGCAGCGACGAUCUCCGCCGACUGAAGACCACCAGGAACACGAACCAACCGAUAUCCUUUGGACCUUCCAGCAUGUUUGGUUCCCGGAGCAGCAGCGGCCGUAAAAAUCUUGGACCUGGCGGCAACCUAGUCCGUGGUGGCGAAGACAGCGGCGCAAGCAGCCGUACUGGUACUCCACCAGGCGGUAAGGAUAAAAAGGACGACAAGGAGGCUGCAUCCUCAGUAAAUGCAUUCAGUGCUCUUGCCGCCUUGAAUAAUGAAGAUAACCUGGCUACAUCGCCGCCAUCGAAUCCAUCCUCCCCUCCCAUGGUCAAGUCCCAACCAGCCAUUGAGCUGUCAAAACCCCCAGCAAAGGAGCAGGAAGGCCGAAGUCCAUCUUAA